AUGGCAGCAGCAGCACACAAAGGAUUGUUGGCAUUAUGGGCAAAGGAGCCAAAGGAUAUUCAAGCUAUUCAAAAGGCUGUGAAUGAUUUAUCCGUGAGUAAAAAGGUUUAUCAUCAUAUUCAAAGAAAAUUUGGAUUUCAGGCAGCUUUGGCUACCGAUGGAAGUUUAAAUGAGGCUCAAGCUGCUGGAGCAUCCAAAGAUCUUUAUGAAAUCACUGCACUUCUCGCGAUUUUGAAGAAUGACUUAGAGGAAUUCGAUGAUGCGAUCAACCAAGUUCACACCUUCUACACAAUGAUUCCAGAGCUCAAUUCCAAUCAAUUUUUGAUGACCGGUCUUCAUUUGAUGUUUUUAUUGGCUCGCAAUCGUCUCAGCGACUUCCACAUGCUCCUUGAACAAGUUCCACAAAAAGAUCAAACCUCUAAUCCAUACAUCUCAACACCGGUGAAAAUUGAGCAAAGUUUAAUGGAGGGCGCUUAUAACAAAGUGGUUUUGACCGAGAAGAAUAUUCCGAGCCCGUUUUAUUUGGUUUUCGUGAGAAUUAUGUUGGAUACGGUGAGAAAUGAGAUUGCCUCAAGCAUCGAGAAAUCGUUCAAAGUUUUGAGUGCCAAAGAUGCGGCUGUUAUGUUGCUUUUUGAUAAUGAACAACAAUUGAUUGCGUUUACCAAUGCGGUAGGUUUUGAACGAGAAAAUUUGGAAAAAUAUGAAAUUUUCGCUGAAAAAUUGCACCUUUUUUGAAAUCAGUGCGAAAUUUAGGUUUUCCUUUGUUUUCCAUACCAAGUUUUGUAGUUCUCGCGAAGAACGUUCCACAUUAAAAAUUUCCAGCCCAAUUUUUCGUAUGGAAAAAAUUUCUGCAAUGAUUUUUCCAACCCAAAAUUGGAGUGGAAAAAAGCGCUUCUCCUCGAGAACUACAAUUUUUGGUAUGGAAAUUGGGUUUUCAACAUUCUAUGUUGAAAAAUCUACAAACUUUUGACUUCCCGAAAACAUCCCAAUUUUUUGAUGUGACAAAAAUAUGGCUAACAAUGAAACAGAUGUUUUCUAGUGGUUUUUUGGGAAGUUACCAUGUUUGUAUAGAAUUUUAUGGAAAAAAAUUGGAAAUUUUUGCUAGAAAUUAUAGUUUUUAAGCAUAAAUUCGACUGAAAAAUGAAAAUUUAUCAAAUUUAACACAAUAUUUUCAAAAAGAUAAUAAAACGUUCCCAAAUUUCCUAAAUUUUCAGCGAAAAUGGAAGCUCGACGGCAAAAGUUUCCUCUUCGAAUCUGUUGAAGUUGCUCAAGACAAACCGUUGAUUUUGGACACCAAAAGAAUCACCAAUCAAACACUUUUCUACGCUAAACAACUCGAACAAAUUGUCUGA